UGAUAUUUGCCACGCCCUCUUAGAUGUAAAUGCAGUGCACUACUCUAGAUGUGACGAAGUUAUAUUUGUAUCUUCUACUAGUUUAACAACACAGAGACUUGGGAGUGCGGAAGCAAAUCCAAACGCGAUUUAUCAGGUGAGAGGAUGGAGGAGGAUUUGUUAAGUGCCCUCAGUUCUGUCAGUCUGGAGCAAAAAGACAGCAAGAUGGACACUUUUGGGCUUUAUGUUGUCACAUGGAAUGUGGGCACCGCGGAGCCACCUGAUGAUGUGAAUUCUCUGCUCCAGCUCAACUCUCCAAAGAAACCAGACCUUUAUGUUAUUGGUCUACAGGAGGUGAAAGCAGCACCUCUAAAGUUUGUCGCAGACUUGGCCUUCGAGGACUCCUGGAGUCAUCUGUUCAUGAACGCAUUGGCUCCUUUUGGUUUUAUCAAGGUGUCCUCUAUACGUAUGCAGGGUCUACUCUUGCUUUUCUUUUCCAAACUGGAGCAUGUCCCCUUUAUCAGAGACAUUCAGGUCACUUACACCCGAACAGGACUCUAUGGAUACUGGGGUAACAAAGGGGGCGUGUCUAUUCGCCUUUCCUUCUAUGGUCACAUGCUCUGCUUCCUUAACUGUCACCUGACAGCCCACAUGAACUUCGCCUCCCAGAGAGUGGAUGAAUUUGAGUACAUUCUAGAUGCUCAGACAUUUGAUGCCAAAAACACGCCACACAUUCUUGACCAUAAGGUUGUGUUCUCGUUUGGGGAUUUAAAUUUUCGUAUUGAGGACCAUGGUAUGCACUUCAUCCGAAACUGCAUCAACAGCCAGCGUUUCAAACUUCUGUGGUCUAAAGAUCAGCUCACCAUGAUGAAAAAGAAGGAAGCUAUUUUGCAGGAGUUUGAAGAGGGACCUCUUAACUUUCAACCCACCUAUAAAUUUGACUUGAACUCCGAUAACUACGAUUCAAGGAUACAGAAGACAUGGUUUGGUUUUAAUGGAAAGAAACGAAAGCCUGCAUGGUGCGACAGGAUUCUCUGGAGAGUGAAGUCAAACUCCUCACUGACAGAGGAUGCCAACAAAGAAGGUGACAAUAAAGAAGAGCAGAAGAAGAAACUGGUGGAGGACCAGGAGGAAGAGUUUCCUCUCAAAGUGACCCAGGAAUAUUACACCAAUAAAAUGGAGUAUGGCGUUAGUGACCAUAAGCCCGUUGUUGGCCUCUUCCGCUUGGAGCUGAAAAAGAUGCACGAGGCGCCCUUGGUUCAAGUGUGUGCUGAGGGAGAGUGGAGUGCAGACUUCGAUGCCCUGAUAACCUACAGCCCUCUUCAGCCCUUUCCUUCCAGUGCCUGGGACUGGAUUGGCAUAUAUAAGGUUGGUUUUAAAAGUGUUUCUGACUACAUUACUUACUCUUGGGUGAAGGAUGACCAGGUGGCUUUAAAUGAUGAAAUCUUUCAGGUUUAUGUAAGCAAAGAUGAAAUUCCAGUUCUUGGGGGAGAAUGUGUGCUUUGCUAUUACAGCAGCAACCUGCAGUGCAUUGUCGGUAUUAGUGAACCUUUUAAGCUGCAGGAAUCCAGGGUGGCGAUUGAAGAGGGUUUAGUGCCUGAAAAUAUCAGUGGACUAGAUCAAGCAGUUGCCAGUUAAGUCCAGAUACUUCUCAGCCGUAAUGCAGUUCUGCCCACUGCAUUUCAACUGCACAUCAGAUAUAAAACCAAACUGACCUAUGAAUUCAAGCAAGUGCAAUUUUAAUGCAAAAUUGUAAUUGGGCAUUUAUUAGUAUGUAAAUGCUAAAAAAAAAUGUCUGUUGUAUUCUGUUCUUGUUUUAUAUAUAUAUAUAUAUAUAUAUAUAUAUAUAUAUAUAUAUGUAUCUCAAGCAAGUUGGUAAAACAUGUCCCAACUUAAGUAGAUGUAAUUUUUAUAUGCCUUUACAUAUAUAUAUAUAUAUUUCCCAUUUAUUUUGUCUUGUAACAUUUUUCAAACAAAAUGUUUAUUUAUCUCUAUCAAAUUUAAAUAUUUAAUGUUACUGCUAAUGUUGUCCUUAUUUUAUCAUUCCGUUUCAUCUUAACGUGGACUGUUACACUGUAAAACAUUUGCACAAUUUACCAGAGUAAUUUAAAAAUUUUACAUGUUUAAUUUAUGUGGCUAUAUUUAUGACUUUGACUCUUACAGAAGUGGUAUUAUAAUAUUAUAUGUGUCUCACUGAAAAAGUUGUGUGAAUAAUUGAAGGAUGUAAUUAAAUAUUACACUGUAUAAUUUGAGUAUAUUUUUCCCGAUGUAAAAUUUGAUAAUGCGUUCAUGUUAAAUAUAAGCAGGCUAUUUGCAAAGAAUUUAUGUUUGUUGUUUUAAUGUUAGACAAACGCUUGUGUAUAAAUACAGAUAUUAUAUCAAAUGAUACUGUACAAAAGGUAAAGACUAUAAGAGCAACAUUUUCUGUGCAGACUAAGCUUUUUAUUUUCUGAACAACUUCAAAUGCUCACUGAUGGAAUGAAAA